AAUUAUUUUCUUCAUUCUCGGUGAACUCAAGUGAACAGUGGCCGCUACUGCUGCAGAAUCAAACCCCGUUCUCCAUUGCUGGUUUGUGUUCGCGUUCGUGUUCUUGAAGUUGAAGAUGAAGGCCCUUCGUGCAAUUCAAUCUUUAGAGUUCUCUUCUAUUUUUGGAGGGAAUUUCUCAAUUGCAAGGAGUCGAGCUACUUUUCCUCAGAAGCUCUUCUUUUGCCGAGCAAAGUUUGCUGAGUCUGGGGUAGAUGGAUCUUUCAGCUUAAGAGUAGUAUCUCCAACCUCAUUAGCGGCUGAAAAGGAAGAAGCCAAGGCUGUCUUAACCUUAUUCAUGAAGAAACAAGGUCUGAGCAAGGCCGUUGCUGCAAGAACCAUCAAUAAAUCAGACCUUUUUAUCGACCAUCUUGUCUCAAGGCUCCAUUUAGUUCAUAAAUCUCGGUAUCUAGCAGGAAGAGAGUUCGCAACUCUCGAGAUUAGGGAUGCCCUUAUACCAUACCUUGAAACUCUGCACGAAGAGCAUGGGAACAUUCUGGUAGAAUUAGUUGAGAACUUUCCUAAUGCACCCGUUAAGGAAAGGCCAGCAGCGCAAGUUUCUCCAUCCCAUCCCACUGUUGACUCCAAGAGGCUAAAAGCUGUCUCUCGAGUGAGUGAGGCAGGGCCUAAGGGAGAUCUCCGCCCUCAAGUUCUCUACCUCAUAGAGCUUGGCAUGGACCUUGAGCGGAUUAAGUUAAUUACACGCAGAUUUACUGCUUUUUCCUACUACAGCUUGGAGGGAAAAAUCAAGCCCUUUGUUGAGUUUCUUCUUGAUCUUGGGGUAGCUAAAUCAGAUAUUCCUGUAAUUCUUACUAAAAGUCCUAAACUGUGUGGACUUAGUCUCUCUGAAAACCUAAUACCCACCAUGAUAUUCUUAGAAGACUUGGGUGUGGACAAGAAACAAUGGGCUAAAAUUAUACGCCGUUGUCCCACAGUUCUCAGUUGUAGCAAGCAAAAGAUUAAGUCAACUGUAGAUUUCCUCUAUGAGAUGGGCAUCUUGGCCGAGAGCAUAGGUAAGAUCUUAACUCGGUGCCCAAACAUUAUAAGUUACAGUGUUGAAGACAAGCUACGACCAACAGCUGAGUAUUUCCGAUCAUUAGGAGUUGACGUUUCCGUUCUUCUCCAGCGAUCUCCACAGAGUGUUGGUCUUAGUAUGGAGGCCAACCUUAAGCCUGUGACAGAAUUUUUCAUCGAGAGGGGAUUCAGGAUGGAGGAAAUUGGGAUCAUGAUUUCUAGAUAUACAUCUCUGUAUAUUUUCAGCUUGAAAGAGAACUUGAUACCCAAAUGGGAGUUCUUUUUGACCAUGGACUACGACAAGUCUGAGCUGGUAAAGUUCCCUACGUAUUUCGGUUACAGUUUAGAAGAGAGGAUCAAACCUCGGUAUGCACGCGUAAAGGAGUGUGGAGUGACAGUCUGUCUGAAGCAGGUGUUAUCACUAUCAAGCUGCGACUUUGAUAAAACUCUGAAUAAGAAAAUGAAGAAAAUUGCUUUCAGAAGAGGGUUCAACUGAUAGUAAUGGCAAGGGAUGAUUCUCAAGCCUGAUAUUAAGCCAUACAACAUCUAGGCAGAGAAUGUAUGGGAAAUGGUUGUGGUUGCAGCUAUGGACGUGCCAUUUUUAUGCUCAACUUUAACCAGUAGAAGAAAUAUACGUCUGCAGAAUGUUGUCUGCUGUAGGAAUGAUAAUUUAUAUAUCGUUGUCUUCCCAGCUUCUUUUCAGCAACUCAUGUCUCUUAUAUCUCUUUUAUGUUUGUUCAAACUUUGCCAUCUUUAUGGUGGCAAGUUGUGCGAUACAAAUAUGUUGGCUAGCCCAUGGACGUGGUGAUUUUCUAAUAUCUAUAUGGCUUUUUCACUGGAAGAUGGAGAUUCACUGUGCAACGCCCACAACUUCACAUGAAGAUGGAGAUUCGCCGUGCAAUGACAUUGACCCUCACCGUGUACCUGGAGUUAUUCUGCAGGAGUUGAUCAAAUUCUUACCUUAUUGUUAUUUUUAGAGUUUUUCACAUGCAUUAGGAUGAGAAAAGGAUUUAGUCCGGAAUCCUUUUUCAUGAAUGAUAGUUGUAUAAAAUGACUUAAGAAAAACUUCCAACU